AUGGUGGAAAACUCUUGCUUUCCCCACUUCAACGCUGGGGAAGAUGGGUUUGAAAGGUAUUCCGCAAUGCCCAACCCCGUUCACCUCGUGACAUGGCGGCCAUCCAACCGCACCUUUUACUCGGUGGCACGCGGCACCAUGAACAAAAAGAACAAAGGAAAGGAUUCACCACACCCUCAUGAUAAAGGCAAAAUAUACCAUGAUGGUGUUAAGGCGUUCCGCUACUGCCAUGUGUGGUGUGAAAAGGAAAUCCAUGGGAAAUGCAGAAAAGGAAAAUGGUGUACAAUAAGAACAUUUCCCCCAUAA